UCUCACCCGCGCCCUCACUCUAGCAAGUUCAAGUGAGCCCUUCUCAUAAGACAGGCUGCUGCGUCCACAGUAUAUAAUAAACGCGUGAGAACGAAGAGAAAACGCCACGGAUCUGCCGACGACUUCAUCUCAAUUACUCUACCAUAGGUAGCCACAUCCAACUAUCAUCUCAUUUCGCAACACCAAAAACUCACAUCUUCAAGCCGCCAAAAUGGUCGUCCUCCACGCCACAACACUCACAGAGUUCACAAACCUCCUCUCAUCAAACACAUACCUCGUUGCCGAUUUCUACGCAGACUGGUGCGGCCCAUGCCACGCCAUCAAACCGAUAUACGAAUCCCUCUCAAACACUCACGGCCAGCCAGGCUCCCUCGUGUUUGUAAAAGUAAACGUCGACUCCGCCCAAGAUAUCGCCCGACGCUAUGGCGUGACGGCAAUGCCGACCUUCAUGUUCUUUGAAAACGGCCAGCCCUACAACGGCGGACGGAGCGUCAUCCGCGGCGCCGAUCCCAGGAGCUUGCAGACCACCGUCCAGGAGCUGGGUGGGCUGGCCAAGAAGAAAGCCGCCGAGGCGGCCGCACAGAAGGCUGAGGCCGAGAGGAAGAAGAAGGAAGCCGCCGCAGCCGCCGAGAAGAACGUCAAGCCUGAUGAUGGUUCCACUGUCUCUGGCGGCUACACCCUCGGCGGCAAUACAGGCCCGAGGUCGGACUGGAAAAUGUCCUUGAGGGGGUGAUUGCCGCCGUCGCGUUUCUAAUCAUUUCAAGCAGAGUCUCACGCUGCGGCUGUCGCGCCGCUACGCACAUGUGAGUUGGAGGACGGGGUGAAUCUUUUUGGUCG